CACUGCUCGGUGCGCAAGCGCCCAUCCUAGUAGCCUUCAGGUCCUGUAAACAGAGGGGCCCACUGGAGACAAUUUCUGCUUCCGGGUCACGUCUUGACAGCGGCUGUCACGACCCCGCUCAACCCCGCGGUUUGUUUGGAGCAUGUGAACAUACCCUGAGCCUUGAUGAGUUCCAGUAUGUGGUAUAUUAUGCAGAGCAUUCAGAGCAAAUACUCUCUCUCAGAGCGCUUAAUCCGAACAAUCGCCGCCAUUCGUUCCUUUCCACAUGAUAAUGUAGAGGACCUCAUCAGAGGGGGAGCAGAUGUGAACUGUACCCAUGGCACACUGAAACCCUUGCACUGUGCCUGCAUGGUGUCAGAUGCUGACUGUGUGGAGCUACUCCUGGAGAAAGGAGCUGAGGUGAAUGCCCUGGAUGGUUACAACCGAACAGCCCUCCACUAUGCAGCCGAGAAGGAUGAGGCUUGUGUGGAGGUCCUCCUGGAGUACGGUGCAAACCCCAAUGCACUGGAUGGCAACCGAGACACCCCACUUCACUGGGCAGCCUUUAAGAACAAUGCUGAAUGCGUGCGGGCCCUCCUAGAGAGUGGAGCCUCUGUCAAUGCCCUGGAUUACAACAAUGACACCCCGCUCAGUUGGGCUGCCAUGAAGGGAAAUCUUGAGAGCGUCAGCAUCCUCCUCGAUUAUGGUGCAGAGGUCAGAGUCAUCAACCUGAAAGGCCAGACACCCAUCUCCCGCCUGGUGGCUCUGCUAGUCAGGGGACUUGGAACUGAGAAAGAGGACUCCUGCUUUGAGCUCCUCCACAGAGCUGUUGGACACUUUGAAUUAAGGAAAAAUGGCACCAUGCCACGAGAAGUGGCCAGAGACCAGCAACUAUGUGAAAAACUGACUGUUCUGUGCUCGGCCCCAGGAACUCUAAAAACACUCUCUCGCUAUGCUGUGCGCCGUAGCCUGGGACUCCAGUAUCUUCCAGACGCCGUGAAGGGCCUUCCACUGCCAGCUUCUCUGAAGGAAUACCUGUUACUUGUAGAAUAGCCUGGAGGAGAGGUUUGCACCAUCAUGCAGGCAACUCUGGGUGAGGUUUUUUUUCCUGCAGCAAAGUCUCUUUGUCUUGGAAAACAGGAAAAGCAGUUGUUCCUGUUGUGUGGUUUAUAUUUUGAGGCAACAUGUCACAACAGUAACCUCCGCACCAUCUCUCCUCCCCAAACCAAGCAACCAAACAAACAAACAAAAAUCUGUCACUUUGUUUUCUGUUUACUGCUUACUUGGUUUAUUAUAUUGCACCCUGCAAAAAAGAGGUUUCCCUUGCCCUCUCCCCUUUAGGGAAAAAGUCAACAGUGCAACUAAAUUUCUCUAAGAAGAUAAAAAGGACUUAAAUAUCAUGUGUUUGGUUUUCCUGUGGGGACAUAAUGUUUUGGAACAAUCCCUCGAGAAGCAUUUUAGUUGAUCUGAGAAGAAGUUUAAGAAAAUUCCAGCUAACACUGUGGCCCCCAAAUGAAAGUACUACAGCCUCAAAUACUGUGCAGAUUGAGAAUGGGCCUGGGUGGUAUCCCUAGAAUGCCACAUGAUGGGGCAUUCAGAAGGGACUGGCCCCCUUCCUCGCCAACAGAGGAAACAGUAGUCUUUGCUUUUUCCAUGGUUGUGCCCAAGGGUUACAAUAGUCGAGCAAUGUUAUUUCAGAAAGAUUGUCUCCAUGCUUUCCAUAGUAGAAGAGAUAGCAGGUCCUAAGCAAUCCUAGGAACUUUUCUUCUAAUGCAGUUCUCUUCCUGAAAGCCAGUUUGCUCUAAUGGCAUAGCAGGCAUUUCCUGCACCAUAGAGGAAGGUGUCUGCUCUAGUGGAGGAGGCCUUGCUAGGGCUGCCUUUUCCCAUGGGUCUUCCUCAUUCCCUAUACGAAACUCACUCUGCUAAGAGUUUGGAGUUAUUUUUCUUUCAGUUGUUUUGGAAACUUUGCUUUUUAUUGAUCUAUACAACACAUUGAUUGGGGUGGGUGGGAGAAGAGCAUUACAAGAGCUUCUUUUGAGAUGGCCCACCUGCCCCCAAAUAUUCUGUUUUAGUGACCAAUAUUUAGUCAACAAUACUCUUCCUUUUCAUGUUCCUAAACUAGAUCAAGUUGUUAUUGAUCUUAGAUGACCUGUAUGCAAAUUUGAAAAACCUUUUUUGAAAAACAGAUUGGGAACUACAGAUAAAAAUGAACAGAAUCUGCUGACACAGCUAAUUUUUAAAAGUAUGUCUGCUUCUGCCCUUUUGCUAUUGGUGUUUUUGCUCACUUCAAAAAGAAAAAAAAAAAAGGAAAUAAACAGUUCUAAAGCAA